CCGGUUCUUAGCUCUAGCUCCGUAAAUAAUUUUCUCGUGGCACCCGGGCCGCAUGAAAGGAAUGCGAAUUUAUAACGCAUUCUGCGGGAAAAUAAACCUUCAGUCCCGAGAAUUAAUCCCCCCCUUCAUUCAGAACUACUCACCCGUAACCUCAUCGCAGCACAACACGAUGGCAGCUGGGUUUACGAAGAUAUUCGGUGUCUUGAGCGAUUCUAAACGUCGUUUAAAGAGACGAGGAUCAGACGCAUCUGUCGCAUCCGAGCAAUCCUCUGAAUCCAUGGCUUCCUCAUCUUCCUCACUAUCGACUUCGUCCUGCUCCGCUGAAUCCUCGAAAGCACCCUCUUUAUUACCGACUCCUUUACCCUCACCGUCGAUAGGCGUUUUCGGGCUUCAUGAAUCUUUGGACGUGCCGGAUAUCGAUGGAAUGUAUCAUCAUUAUCCCCAUCACACCUGCACCUCAUCUUCAUCACACUACAGUCAAGAUGGAGAUAUCGAUAUCGAUGCCGACCUUCUUCGAGAAUGGAGCUGUAGUCCGCCCUCGGCACAAUUUCAAUUGAAGCGCAUGGGUCGAGGUUCACGAGGACGUGCACGACCACGUCCCACAUUGGCGACACCUUCACCUGAGAAAGAACGGACGGUAAGCAUGGAACGUUCAACGGUUCAUCAACCAGAACUUAUGGUCAAUUUUAGGUUCACGCUUUCACCGAUUUCCAGGUACAUGUAGAUGCCGAGCAUUAUCCAGAUGGCCAUGGGAGGGAUUGGAUAUGACUUUCUCUAUGUCAUUUCCUUUCUCCUUUUUUCUUCCAUUUCUUAUAGGUUAUAAUUUAUCGGGGAAAACGACGG